GUAGACGAAACGAAAAUAUUUCGAUUUUUUGUUUCACUGCUACUUCUUUAUCAUUGUGAAAAAUAUUUAUUUAUUUGCAUCAUUUUGUCCAUAUUCUUGUGUAGAUCAGUGAAAUUUCAUUCAACGUCUUAUACAAAAUGGCGAUGAAUUCUCAUUCCGAAUGCGCGUGUUUGUCAAAGACCAUUUACUAUCAUUUUUUAAUUAAAGUGAUCAUUAAAAAAGUAUGUCUUACGUUAUGUCCGUAUAGCUUAAAAGAGCAACAGUCUAAUAUAUUAUAUCGUGAAAUAGUUGUGUAUGCACAUUUUUAAUACCUUCUUCUGCUGAGGCUGUAUGAGUGAGUUAUGUUUCGGAUUCCAAAGUCUACAAUGUCUACAGCUCUUUCAACGAUUAAUACAAAACCAUCUACUCAAACACGUAAAUGUUUGUAUGCAUCAUUUGAAUGUUUACAAUCUUGCCAUGAAGGAUAUUCAUACUGUUUAAGGCAUAUUCUUGAAGAUCCAAAUGCUCCUUUUAAACAAUGUGCUUUCAUAUAUAAUUCAAAUGGAAGAAAAUGUCAGAACCCAGCUCCUAAACUUGAUAAAAGAGAUACUUCAUAUUGUACAGAACAUACUAGAAAAGCACAGAUUGCUCGUAUUAAAUCAACAUCACGUCAUUCAUUGCCACAAACACCUGAAAUAUUAUUACUAAAUUUGAAUCACUAUGUAAAGCCAACUGAUUCAAGUACAGAGGAUACUGAAGAUGAAGAAAAUAAAGUUAAAGCAUUAGAUCCUUUUAAUGAAAUUGAUGCUUAUAGAGUGAAUGCAAGUGGGUGUGACAUUUUAGAUUAUGCUAGCUCCUCUGAUAGUGAUGUUGAACCUACUACAGUAAGUGAUACUUUAAAAAAUGCUUGUCUUGAUGACAGUGAUAAUGAAAGUUUACAUAGCCCACAAGAAGAUCCAUUGAAUAUUAAUUUUUUAAGGCAUGCUGGAAUAUUUACUGCAGAGGAAGUAAUUUAUAUUGCAAGAGAAAAAUUAAUCCGCCUUCAGUCUCUUUACAUAGAUCAAUUUAGAAGAUUACAAUAUACAUUAAGAGAGAGAAGACGCAAAUAUUUACAUGGUUUGAAAAAAGAAAAAGAAACUGUAUGUAGUAUACACGAUCAACCUAAAGAAACAGCAAGGGAGAAAAAAAUAUAUGAGAAACUAAAAGCAUUAAAUCGAUAUCAUAGACGUAGUGGCACAGAAGCUGUACUUUAUAGGAAAUCUUUAGAACGCCGAGCACAGGUAUCAGAGGGACCAAUGCAAAAGCCACCAAAUAUAUCCAAAUGUAUAUUUACAGAAGGUGGUGUAAAAUGUGGUGAAAGAACACUUCCUUCUGCUAAACAUUGUCGUAAACAUAUUCUUAAGGAUCAGCACCAAGUUUUAUUUAAAGCUUGUGGUGCAGUACAUGCUGACAUUGAAUGUCAUGAGCCUAUACCAGUUAUAUUUGAUUCCAAUUGUAUAUUCCAUAUGAAUUUACCACAACAAUGUAAAUUAGAACCAAUGAAAUUUGAAGAAGAAAAAUCCACUACACAAGAACUAUCAAUGAUUGAUAAUCAAUCCAUGGAAAUUGAUGUAGUUGGUGAAACUCAAGAAAUAGAUCCAGAUGAUGAUAUGGCUGGAUUAAUGAGAGAAAUGAAUGAUACUAGUCACAUGAAACCAACAUUCAAUGAAAGUUUGAACAGUGAAGCUAGUACUGAUACAGCAUUUAGUUUAUCAGCUCAAAUGAGUGACAAGGAUGAACUAGUUUCAAUGUGACAUGAGCUUUUAUAUUAAUUUGGAAUCAUUAUUGUAUUAUAUAAUAUUCAUAUUAAGCAUAUAUUUGGGUUUAACCUUUAUAAUUAACAGCAUAACAAUUUUAUUUAUAUAGAAAUGAAUAAGCUCUUAUGUUUCAAUUUCAAUCAUUUGUUCUAUUAGCAGUGGAUGUAAUUUAUAUUCUGCUAAGUUUGUACAUAUUUCUAUUGAUAAAAAUAAUCUUAACGAGUGUAUAUAAUUAGUAAGUAUAAUAA